GUGACACGUGUCAUAUUUUUUGUCACGAACCAAUUUCAAGCCAAUUUCUCAGGGAUUGGCUUGAAAUUGGCUUUCACCCCCCAAAUCAACCAGUUAUGUCCAUCAAGUGGGUCCAAACUUCCGUCUUAAAAACCAUUCGAUUAGUCUUCAAAACCCCAUCCUACUUCGGCGACGCGAGCAGUGGUCAGGGUUCCUCCUUCGAGCAUCCCCAGAAUCGAUUCACGGCCCAGGAAGCCCAGAAGGAAAACGAAUAUUUCCGCAAAAAAACCGCAGACGACUUGAAGAAACUGAAACUAGCACUCAUGAAGCGAAAGAAGAAUCUCCAUCAACGAAAAGACGAUGAUCAUCACGGGGAUGUGGUGCAGCAUGACCACCACGAUGACCGCGAUGACCACCACGACGAUCAUAAUGGCCAUAACGACAAACACUACUCACACCACCAUCAGAGGGACCCAGCGGGACACGAGUACCUUUAGUCAAGAAAACCGUUAGUGGUUUAUCGGUGUUUUCCGGAAGCUUCCGGGAAAAAUUCGAUCGUGAUUUUAAAUGAACAAGACGCCGAGAAGAAGAAUCGAGAAUUCAAGGACAAGACUGACGAUGAUUUGAAGCGGCUGAAGGUGGAGCGGGAGAAGAGGAAGGAUUGGAAGAACAGCAGGCCGGAGCUGCUCGGUGAGGAGGAAGAUUAAGUGCUGAAUUUUGACAAUGACUGAAUAAAGACCCACUGAAUUUC